GCUCCCGGCCUGUACCUACGGGAUGAUCCUGUGCUGGGAACCAAGCUGAUGAACUACAGCGAACUGCGGGCUCCGACUGCUGAGAAGGCAGCCUUCCUAUUGGACGCCGCCAUCGCUGCCGCCGCCGCGGCCAAUCAGCGAUCCGAGGAGGACGGCCGCAACACGCACUUCCUGUUCACACUCCACGUUUACCAAUAUCGGGUGGACAAGAGUGGUCGGGGAGGAGUGGCCGGCGGACGGAGUCGGCUGCAUCUCUUCGACCUUGGAAGCUGCGAGAAAGGCAGCAAGGCAGGGCCUGGUGCUGGUCCCCUCAGCUUGUCCGCCCUGGGAAACGUCAUCCUGGCACUCUUUAACGCGCAGAAAAGACUACCGUUUCGGGAGUCCAAGGUGACGCAGCUGUUGAAGGAGGCCCUGGGCAGUGUUACGUGCAGGGCCGCCAUGAUUGCGCACGUCUCGCCGCUGCCGUCCAGCUAUGCGGAGACCCUGGCCACGGUGCAGCUCGCGUCGAGGGUGCAUCGGAUGCGCAGGAAGAAGCUCAAGUACGCGUCCGCAGCCAGCGGUGCCUGUGGCGACGGCGUUGAAGGAGUUUGCCGCCCCUUCAUGCGCACUCACGCGCUCAACGAGGACGGCGGUCCCCGAUCUGGCAGCUCGGACCCUGAGUACACAUCCAGCAGCGAACAAUCCUGCGACACGGUCAUCUAUGUGGGACGACACCAAGACUUCACCGACAACGAAGGUCCACCGGUGGGAGGCCCAUCAUCGCUGCAUGCUGUGCUUUCGGCACCCACGCCACAUAACUCGCCCGCCCGGACUAUCCUCUCAAAGACCCCCGACUCUCCGGCGCGGAGCUGUAACGGCACCGUUGGAACCACUACGAGCCGACCAAGUUCAUCAGCAGCUGGUAAAGCGGAGAGCGUAGCUAGCCCCAAGGCCGUGCGGCAAGACAACAGUUCCUCACCUACCGUUAACGAGAGUCCGCAUAAAACGAGCCAGCAUAACUCUUUGAAGAAGGUGCAUCGAAGUCCCGCCAAGGACGCAGCUAAAGAAACCGUCAGCAAUGAGAAACGAACGAGUGACGAGCUCUGGAUCGACGGCCCGCGGUUCUCGAAGCCACGUUUCGACUCUAGGACUCUGCAGCAGCUCCAGAAAGAACAGUGGGUGGAUGGACCCGCGGCGGCGGCAGCGGCCGCGACUGCUCUGUAUGGUUACAUGGACGAUCACAAAAAGAACAUGGUGGAGCGUUGGGUGCACGAACAUUCCCGCUACGUGCAGAGUCCCGGAGGUAGCAAAAAGCUGAGGAGUUCGAAAUCUGGCAAAGUACCUCAAGCGGACGCCGAAUCGAGUGCUAAUUCAACGCCAGAGCACAGAAAAGCAAGGGCGCACCAGGAGCACAAAAGAAAGAACUCUCCAGAGAGGUUAUGUGGCAGGGAGUCUGUUGCUCGCACAGAGGACAAGCAAAGCACGAAACACGUUAAAGGAGCGGGAUCAUCUCAGGCCAGUCGUCACAACCUCGAAGGAAACAAGGCUUCUUCGGUUCAGGAGAAGAAACAAGAUGUGCACAUGGUUUCAUCCGAAGAGGAGCAGCUGGAAUCUGUGCAGAUGCAAGACUCUUGUCUUCAGGUUACGGAAGAGGAGAUCCUGGCUGCCACAUGUGGCUGGCCAUCGGCAGGUGACGAGAAUCCGUUGCCCGAGGUAGAUCAAGGCAGCUCCAACGGCGGAAGUCAGGGAAGUCAUCCUCUCAGGGUUCUCAGUGAUGACGGGCUUAAUCUGCCAUCGUCCUUCACAGACUCCAGGUCCGUAAGCGUGGACCUGAACCGCGUUGGCGUCGGAGACGACACUGACUUCUUGGGACACGUCUACGGGGGACUCACCUGGAGACUCUUGCAAGGGACGCUAUUGCAGCGCCGGAAGGAACGGCGCAGAAGACUUUACGGUGACGACCUUAGCACGGCCGUGAAGGGAGAUGUGCUUGCUGAGAAACUGGAGCGGAUUGCAAGGCUCAGAAAGCUGACGUCGCCUUAUUUUGACAACAACAAUGAAGGAAUUCCCUCACUCCUCGUGAUGCGCAGUGGGGCUUCCAGUCCUACUGCAGGGCGUUAUGGAAGCUUGCCCAAUCGGAAACAGAGACCGUUGCGGAAUUCGUUCUGUGACGAUAAUGACGGUUCAACGGAUGGAAGCGACUGCGCAGAUGUCACCAGUACAAAAAGUGAGCCUGCUGAGUUUGACUUAGACAAGUACGACAUCCAGCGGCUAAACAUAAAGCCGAUGAACGGCCUCAAACUGGAAGCGUUUUACAACAGCAUUCAGAAGUCCAACACUUCGUUGAUGGGCAGCCAGGAGCUGUCUCCUCCAAAACUCUCACCUCAUGGCGACGCACUAUUUCAGUCCUACUCCGACAAGUUGGACCUCUUGGCGAAGGACUUUGGAGUGUUCCCCAACAAACUCGAGCCAGCUGUGAUAGACGUGCAGCCACAGAGGCGGUUUUCACUCGGAAACGCCAACAUAGCUUGCGCCGAAACACCAGCCGUUGUAACGAGUCAAAAGGUCCUCUUGUACCCCGACGGCUUUUCGGAUUCUUCCGUAGACGCUUCGGGGGACUGUGUUUCGCCCGCUGUCUGUUCCUCUGUCAGACAGCAGAGGCGGCUAAGCAGAGAAGGACCCGACGAAGAAGGCGCGAAGACGUGUCAAAAAGAGGACCACGCUCCGGGCUUAACGGAAAAGCCCAGCAUGAGGCUGAACAGGAUGGUUAGUACCUCCCGCGGUAGCCCAAAUCAGCAUCCAAAGUCAGAACACUCGUCGCCCAAACGAGCGGUUGUAUCCAGUCCAAAGCUUUCCCGGAAAACAGCGAGUAAUAAUUCCGUUCCAGCGGCGCCUGCCAACCUGAAAUCGCACAUUCAGCCUGUUGCGCGCGCAAUAGCCAGCCCCACGAGCAGUUCCUGUGGUACGCUCACUGGAUGCUGUAGUCCAACGCGUAGCCGGUCCGGUGCGAAGAACGCGAGGCCUCCCGUAAUUACGAAGGGACCAUGCGCAAAUGGCAAGCACUGCGAGACAAAAAAUCGCAAGGGGCAUAAGACAACCGCAGCGCCUAACAACGGCGAAAGCAGCGACAAUCCAUUGUACCGCAGUGUUUCUACUCCAAGCACUCCGUGUUGUGCGGACACAAAACCUAACGACAUCCAGAGAGCCAAGACCUUGGAACCGGACGCUUUGCCGUCCCCUUAUGCGACUGUCACUCAAGCCAGGCCGACAGUGCGGGAAUCCAGCAGCGGUCAUGGAAGCAGCGACUCAAGCAGCUUUAAGGGCGUUAUGAAAACGAUCCAGGUGGUACAGUGUUCCGGAACCAGCAGUGGCUACGAGAGCAUCAUCAUGAGGGACAGCACGCCCGCGUCCUCCAGCCAAGAUUCGGGCAGUGAAAAAGGCCACAAGGACUGCAGGGGACGCAAGGGGUCUCGCAAAGGCGUGCAAGUGCAGGAGUCAGCGCCAGAAGCCGCUCAGCACCAGGCCGCAGUCCCCCGCAGAGUCCUCCCGUGCGUCGGCAGCCGCCCAUGCCGGGACUCAGCAGGCACGUCCAGCGCUGGCAUCAGCAGCACGGACACGAGCUGCGACCGAGACAGCCUGAAGACGAAGUGGGCUGUGCUGGCCUUUUGUGCUGCAGGCUUCUGGACUUCUACUAGAUAGCCACAAAAGAACUAAGCUCUCGCGGUCUGCAAGCGCUCAUCCGCUGCAAGACAACGAGCGUGACGGAGGUGCGGAGGUUAGAAAGAUUCUGCAGCAUCAAGAAGUGUGAAUCGAAACUAAUAUUUGAUGCCCAUUGCUGAAGGGAAAAGAUACAAAUUUUAGCGAUAUAUAUCGAAGUCACAGUGAACAGAGGAACAGUUCGGCAAGGAGGAAACAUUUUUGUGCAGAUUAAUGACACAAAAAGAAAAUAAGUUUCAAAUGUUUGAGGGUGCAGCUUGUCAAUUUUAUACCACGAAAACAAACCUCAGUAGUUGCAGUUGCAAAUAACACCAUAGGUUGAAGUAAGGCUUGGGUUCCGGCUGGGCCCUGCAAAGUUUUUUUUUUUUUUUUAAGAUGCUUUAAAUUUUUGACCGCAUGGAAGUGCUUUCCUUCGGUGUGGUCAAAUACACAAUAAGGUAGCAGGAUGGUUUCGUUGCCUUCCGGCAAAUGUACAGAUGGGGAAAAAUAAAACUAAGCGAGAAUAAGAAUCGUCAUUCAUGAGCAUUAGAUAUAAAAUCACGCACAAGUACGUUUUCGGAGCUCUCCGAACCAUACAACCCCACAUUUUCUGAUAUUGAAGACGAAAGUAAUAAAAUAUUUGUGGUACUAAUGAAGAUCGACUUUGAAGCACUGACAAGUUUGUGCCAAGUCUCAAGAAGAGAAACCACAUGAAACUAUUUCUGCACCAGAGCAAAACAUCAUAUCACUUUUUUCUUAAAGAAAGAGCUACAACAAAUGCCGUUUUACACAGAAUGUGCAUUGCUUUCACACUUCGUGUUUAACGGAGCUUACCUCAUUGCCUUGAGCAAAGGAUACCCUGUCUUUAGAGACAUUGACAAUGCGGAGGUCUGCGGAAGUGUGGCCAUGAGGAAGCGGGCAUUCUGAGGUAAAUUAGGAUGGUCUAAAGUGGACUAGCAUAUACUUAUGGUUGGAAUCGAGAACUUCGUGAUUGGGAGUUGCAUAAGCUGGCAAUAGCACAGAGAACAAAAGAGGCGUGUGUUUUCUGUGAACAAACGCAUCUUUUCUUGACAAGAAAGUCUUGACAAGAAAAUUAUCAUGCAAAUCGGAGCGCAUAAAAAUGGCAGAAUCUUCAAAAUAAAAGUGUCUGUCACAUCAUGUACAUUGAUGUGAGCAGCCGUCUAUAUCAAAAGAAGCUGGAAAGAGAUGCCGUUAUAUUACAGCUCUCAUUUAGUACGCGUUUUCUAUCCAGCCCCUGGUUUGAACAGUAUUAUGUAUUAUGAGGCGACGGAACAAAAGUGUUUUUACACUACGAAAACUCAGCAAGGACUGAAAGCACACGUUUAGCAGCAGUGCCAGUGGCAUCGUGCGUCACAGGUCUCACAUCAAAAUAAUGAAAGUGAAGUGUCCGAAUUUGUUGUUCUUUGUAUGUACUAUUAAAGUCGUUAUUUUUAUCCAGGAGAA